AUGAUAUUGAACUACAUCCAGGCCAACAUCUGGUGUGCAAAGCUGGCCUAUCCCACGGACUGCGACAGAGAUGCAUCAUGCACUGCUGUGGGCGCCGUCCUGGGACAGAAACAAGAGCAGACUGAAAAAGUAGUGGCUUACGCCAGUCAUGUCUUGACGAAAGCGGAGAAGAAGUGGUCCACAUAUGACCGAGAACUUUGGGCUAUUGUGUGGGCAAUGAUUCGAGUCGCUCCCAAAUUGUUCACUAUAAUCGGCUCAGAUCUUACAGAGCUCCAGUUCCAGAAAGCAAUGUCAGGGCCCCUGUUCCGACUGUACCUACACAGCCCGGGCUGCCUGCAUUGA